UGUCCGGCGGCUUUGACGGCACAAUAGGGGCGGGUCAGGUUGGCUUGAGAGGCGGUGGGCUGGGGUUAGCGGCGACGCUGGAGGGGUUGUCAUUGAGGGGAGCGUGGGAACCUGGGCUAGAGUGAAGAUAAGCCGGCUGCUCAGUGACCGCAAGACACACACACACACGCACAGGGCGGAGAGGCAGCACCUCCCUACCCCUUGCAACACCUCAGCUCACCUCGGUCAUUCCACCACGUCAUCCCAGAGGGGCUUACUUGCAAAGUUUGCCCUCUCUCUUUCUCUUUGCAUUUUUUAAAAACAUUUUAAUUUAAUUUUUCUUUGCAAAACUGUGAAGCGAUCAGACCCUCCCCAAUGGAUGGUCCCAGCGAUGAAGAUAAUUCGUCGCAGAAGAGCUCCGAAACCCUGCUCGACCCUCUCCAAGAAAACGUCAAAGCCAUCGGCGUGUUGACCAGCGGAGGGGAUGCGCAAGGUAUGAAUGCAGCUGUCCGCGCUGUGGUGCGUAUGGGAAUUUACGUUGGAACCAAAGUCUAUUUCAUCCACGAGGGUUACCAGGGGAUGGUUGAUGGCGGGGAUCAUAUAGUGGAAGCAAAAUGGGAAAACGUCUCCAGUAUCUUACAAAUGGGGGGGACUGUCAUUGGGAGCGCACGUUGCAAGGAGUUCCGGACCCACGAGGGUCGACUCAGGGCCGCCUACAACCUGGUGAAGUACGGGAUAACAAACCUCUGCGUGAUCGGUGGAGAUGGCAGUUUAACUGGAGCCAAUCAUUUUCGUGAGGAUUGGCAAGGACUACUGAAGGAGCUCACGGACGAUGGUAAAAUUGACGAGGAAACAGCUGACAAGUACAGCCACUUAAAUAUCGUGGGCAUGGUAGGCUCCAUCGACAACGAUUUCUGUGGGACAGAUAUGACCAUAGGCACUGACUCGGCACUGCAUCGUAUCAUUGAAGUGGUGGAUGCCAUCAUGACCACAGCCCAGAGCCACCAGAGGACGUUUGUGCUGGAAGUGAUGGGUCGCCAUUGUGGCUACCUUGCUCUGGUGAGCGCGUUGGCCUGUGGUGCAGACUGGGUGUUCCUACCUGAAAAACCUCCAGCUGAUGGAUGGGAGGAUCACUUGUGCCGGAAACUCUCCAAGAACCGUGCAGGAAAGAAAAGAUUGAAUAUCAUAAUUAUAUCGGAAGGGGCAAUAGAUUGUCACAACAAUCCUAUAACUUCUGACAUGAUUAAGGAUCUUGUGGUCAAGCGGUUGGGUUAUGACACGCGGGUGACCAUUCUGGGUCACGUUCAACGUGGAGGUACGCCGUCUGCAUUCGACCGAAUCCUGGCCAGCAGAAUGGGAAUAGAGGCCGUGCUUGCCUUGCUGGAAGCGUCACCCGAAACCCCGGCCUGCGUUGUGUCGCUGUCUGGGAACCAGGCCGUCCGACUUCCCUUAAUGGAGUGCGUACAGAUGACAAUUGCAGUUCAGAAGGCGAUGGAUGAAAAGAGGUUUGAUGACGCGGUGAAGUUGCGGGGCAGGAGUUUUGAAAACAACUUAAAUGUUUACAAGGCAUUGUCACAUAUGAAAAUCUCAGCACUUCCUCCUCCUACCCCAUUCAGUGUGGCCGUCCUCAAUGUGGGUGCUCCAGCAGCUGGUAUGAAUGCAGCCGUUCGAUCUGCAGUGAGACUUGGCAUCUCUGAAGGUCACAAAAUGUUAGCAGUCACCGAUGGGUUUGAUGGCUUCAUGAAUGGGCAGAUCAAAGAAAUUAAAUGGGGCGAUGUUGGGGGAUGGACGGGUCAAGGUGGUUCCCUCUUGGGUACCAAACGCACCCUUCCUGUUAACAACCUGAAGGCUAUCGCUGAACAGAUACGCUUACAUAAAAUCAAUGCUCUUUUGCUGAUUGGCGGAUUUGAGGCCUACCUGGGACUUUUGGAACUGUUGGCUGGGCGAGCCAAAUAUGACGAGUUCUGCAUUCCCAUGGUAAUGGUACCUGCCACUGUCUCCAACAAUGUGCCUGGCUCAGACUUCAGCGUUGGUGCAGACACUGCCCUGAAUGCUAUCGCCGAUACUUGUGACCGCAUCAAGCAAUCGGCGAGUGGAACCAAGCGGCGUGUCUUCAUUAUCGAGACGAUGGGAGGUUACUGCGGCUACCUGGCGAGCAUGAGUGGCCUCUCCGCUGGUGCUGACAUCUCGUACAUCUUCGAGGAGAAUUUCGACAUCCAAGAGUUACAGGCUAAUGUGCGACAUUUGACAGCGAAGAUGAAAACAUCUGUCCAACGUGGUCUGGUACUCAGAAAUGAGCGCUGCAGUGAAAAUUACACAACGGACUUCAUCUACCAGUUGUACAGCGAAGAAGGCAAGGGUAUCUUUGACUGCCGGAAAAAUGUCCUGGGCCACAUGCAGCAGGGUGGAUCCCCUUCACCUUUUGAUAGAAACUUUGGAACAAAGAUAGCUGCCAAAGCCAUGCAAUGGAUCUCAGACAAAGUAAAUGUAUACUACAGACAAGGGAGAGUGUUUGCAAAUUCCCAUGAUUCUGCUUGCUUACUGGGAAUGCGUAGGCGUACCCUGGUGUUCCAGCCUGUAUCAGAACUGAGAGAUAUAACUGAUUUUAAGCAUCGGAUUCCAAAGGAGCAGUGGUGGAUGGAUCUUCGGCCAAUGAUGAAGAUAUUGGCCAAAUACAAUGUCGACUUCGACAUGCCCAUUGCUGGAAAGAUUGAGCACCUUAGGCAAAACGGUACAUUCGAAAGCCGUAACACCAUUGCUAUUUAAAAAGUCAGCUGUACGAAAGUGGUUACACAACGCCCCAGCUUGUUUGAUCAACAGCAUUUAUGUUGCCUCGCAGAGGAUAAAAGCAGCUUCUAAUUUGCUCUGUAAGUUAGGUAUGUUGUACUGUUACUUUUUAUGGAAAUAAAAGCAGGCAUCCUGUUCCCUUCAUUACACAUUCACUCAGGCUAUAACCCAGCCACUGGUACAAAGUGGAAGAAUUGGUUUGUCAACAUUGCCAAUGGAAAAAAAGUUACACUUGUCGUACAUUUUAAUCGCUUCUCAUUGCACUGUUCACAAAUAUUUAUUGUGUGGAUCACCUUCUUGAAAGAGAAUAGUUUUAAUGUGAAAAAUCUAAAAAGCAUAUUUAUGAGAUCAAUGUAAUUCAUGUGUUGUAGUGAAGUGGAAGAUGUUGUUUUAUUUUCCAGCUUCAAAUAAAACUGCUCUGGCUGGUCCUGCACA